AUGACUGAAGUAGACACUUUUCCAGCUUAUGCUGCUUUCCAAAAGCAACUACGAACUCUUUGUUUAAAGGAAUUUCCGUGUGGAGCAGGAAAUUGGCGAGAAACUAAAGCAAAAAGUAUUCAGCAACUGAAAGCAAGUGAAAAUGUGGAUUCAAAGUAUUCUGUCACUCUGAAAGAUUUUGGUGCUCAGCAUGAAAAGACAGAGACACUUGAGGAAUAUGUUGGCUCCAAAUAUUCUCCCUGGCACUUGGACUACAGCUGGAGUGCUGAGGCUAAACGAUUACGUGAGAUAGCUGUGAAAUCACCAUGGCUUCUAGAUGACAAUUUCAUUCUGAAUCAUUUUCAAACAUUAAGAAUUGUGGAUAAAGGGGUGACGGAAGUUGAUGGUGAUUUAUUACGUUUUGGGAAUCUAAACGAGUUGACACUAAGUGCUAAUCAUCUUGUAACUGUCAACUCUAAAAAUCUUCCACCUAGUCUCAAGGUAUUGGAGUUAUGUGCCAACAAGAUUAGCGAUCUGUCUGCCCUGUGUGUGCGACCUCCUCAGUCCAUGAUACACUUAGGUCUAGGUUUCAACAAAAUAUCCUUCAUGGGUGACUACUUAACAGGGGAUUACUGGCCUCAGUUGCUGUCUCUAGAUCUAAGCCACAACAAUCUCACUGACCUUCUAGAUGUUGUACGAAAACUUGGCACCCUCCCUAAGCUACGGAACCUAAUACUGCAGGGUAACCCACUGUCUUUGAUAGCAGGCUAUCGUGGUUACACAAUUGACAGCAUGAGGAAGUUGAGUGUCCUUGAUGACAUCAUGAUUUCAGCAGAUGAACGUCAUCAUUACAAAGGCCUUGCUAAGAGAAGAGAGUACAUUCUUGACGAGGCUAAGGUGACUCUACAGGUCAGCUAUAUCAAAGGUCUACCAGUCCCUGAGGAGAUCAAGAACCCAGAAGAACAGCCUGAGUUCCCGGUCAUUGAAAGAAAGUACUAUGUGCAGUUUAUGUUCUUGCAUGAUACUGCUGGCAAGGGAGAUGUCCUGGAGGUGUCCCAUGAUGAUCUGGGAGAAUUAUCCCCACUCCCUGGCGAGGAACAAUCUGUUUAUUCCGAGGAAGCGAUCAGUGCCCUAAUGUCUGAUGAUCCUGAGGAAAACUCCACGCCAGCAGAGGCUGCUAAAAAUGUUAACUUUACUGCUGAACCUGAGGUUGUAAUAGCAAGGGAACCCACAGAAACAGCUACUGAGCAGGAGAAGCUGUCUCCAGCCAAGUCGUCCACACCCAAGAAGGAAGAACAGGAACAAUUGGAGGAGGAGAAGAAAGAGCUCCAGCUGGAAGCCAUUAAACUUGGGGGUGCCACUUGGGCAGAGGAGGUGGAGAUUGAUGCAUCACAGCUUGUCAUCCGGGAUGAACUCCUUGACCUUCGCAAUUUCUUCAAGCAGGGCAUGCAAUUCUCUGUUGUGGAGGAAAUGACCCUAUUUGAGCCUGUUCUGUCCCCAAAUUUCCCUGGGUCAGCAUCAUCACGGGGGUCACGAAGCUCCCGGACUUCCCGGGGGUCACGACCCUCACUUCAAUCUUCAGGCAGCAGAAAGGUGAUGUGUUUCCCUAAAGAGGAUUCACAGUGUAGCACACCCACUAAAAAGGAAAAAGACAAGGAAAAAGACAAGAAAAAGGACAAAAAGGAUGACAAAGCUAAAGGAGGAGGGAAGGAUGACAAAAAGAAGAAAGGAAAGAAAGAGCCAGAGGUAGAGAUGAAGCGCAUGCCACCGACAUAUACCACACUGGCCACGUGGCAUCAACCUUUAGAGGAGUUCCUGGAGGGCGAGUAUGAGAUGACUGCUGUCUUUACACAUGGUGGCAUCGAGGUUGCCUCCACUGUCAAAAGUGUAGACACAGACUCGAAAAAGGCGGGUAAAAAGGAGGACAAGAAGAAGCCGGGGACACCAAAGAAGAAAGAUGAAGGAAAAGGAGGCAAAGAGAGCAGGAAAAGUAGUGCCGCCAAGGGAGGCAAGGAAGACAAAAAGGGAGACAAAGGCAAAGGGGCCAAAGGAGCCCCCACAACAGUAGAUGAGGAAGGGGAUGAACCAGCCCCACCCCCACCACUCGAGGUCCAGAUCUCAGUCAAACUCCAUCACUGGCGCACUGCACACGACUCCCUCAAGGAGGAGGAGGAGAAGAACAGAGCACUUCAGCAACAGCAGCAAGUGUAACUAACUUAAAAAUCAGGAAACACUCAAAGUAAUGCCACCUUCAAGUCAUUAAGUUAUGGAAGACUUCAUGUAAACAACUAGGGUCAACCUAGAACAAAAACAAACAGAAGUUUACGUAAUAUAAUCCUGAGAAAAGGUAUCCUUUUGUGGCUUGUAAGGUUUUAAUUGGACAGUGGGAGCAAAGAAAUCAGUAUCCUAUAGUAAGCAUAAGGAUGGUAUUAGUCACGCCUGACUAAACACUUCUCACGGCGUUACACAUUCCAAUCACUGACAAGAUUGCAAUUAUUGUUUGCAUCUCACUGCAUAACUUAUGUCUGAUCUAAAGAUCCUUAAACAUAUUCAAUAAUAUCUAUUUCAAACAUUGUCAGAAAGUGAUAUGUUGUGAUAUUGGCCUAUUUCAGUACUGUUAAGUGUAUCCUGUUGUAUCAUCAGUAUAUAAAACGACAUGAUAAAGUGAUAUGUUGUGAUAUUGGCCUACUUUAUACGGUUUCGUUUAUAUAUUGUGACUUUUUUACAAAUAUAUUUACCCACCUCUAUCUGAUCCUGAGAAUAAAUGUUUUCCCGUAAUUAUAUUUCUUCUCAGUCCAUUCCCUUUUUUUACUCAUAAGUGUUUUGCAGCGUUAGCGCAAAACUGAAGUUUCCAUAACUAUGACAGUUCUACACGACUUAUCCUCCCUAUGCUCUUUAGCGACACCAGCCAUAUCAUUGUAACAUGUACAGGUUCUGGUAUCAAAACACCUGCAUUCUUAUGAUUAUGUCUGUGUCUACCUUGUUGCAGUCAAGUCAACAUUUCAAAACUACAGAAAAUAAACAUUUUUUUUUUUUUGCUCUGAAAUUGGAAGUAAACAAAUGACAGACAGGAAUAAUGACAGAAAACAGAUUUCUCAGUAUAAUUAUAUAUUACAUUCAUUAUUGAUAUCAAACAUCCAUUUUCAGAAAAGAAAUAAGAACAACAAUAGAACAACAAUAUUAAUGGAAUAUUCUUUCUAAAUUUCACAAUUUCAUUUGAAUGAGAUGGUAUUAAUUGUCUGGUUGAGAACUAAUGUGAAAGAAUUGUCUGUUGAAGAUAAAUGGUUUAGAGAAGUCACUUAAAUAUUAUAAUUUAUUGGCAAUAAGAAGUUCUUUCUCUGAGAACAUGCUAUCAGUGUUGAAGUUCACAAGAGAUAUCUAAAUAAACAUGGAAUUCCAGUAUAUUUUUAUAAAUGUGAUAUACAUACAGAUCUGUGAUAUACUGUUAAGAUAAGCUGUCAAAGUAAAUACUGUUUAUGUUUAUAACAAUGCCAAACUACUUGUA